AUGGCCGCCACGGGCCUGGCGUCUUCUGCCGCGGCGUCGUCCAUCAACAUCCUCCCGACACCGCCCAUGGGCUUCAACAACUGGGCACGCUUCAUGACCAACAUCAACGAGUCCAUCUUCAUCGACGCGGGCGUGGCCAUGAGCAACAAUGGACUUCGCACCGCCGGAUACAAUCGCCUCAACCUGGAUGACGCCUGGUCUCUUCUGCAGCGAGAUGCCAACGGCUCCAUGGUUGCCGACCCGGCCAAGUUCCCCUCGAGCCUCCCGUGGCUCACAGACUGGAUGCGGUCCAACGGCUUCAAGCCCGGCAUCUACACCGACGCCGGCAGCCUGUCCUGCGGCGGAUACCCCGGCGCCUUGGACCACGAGAAACGGGACCUGCAGGACUUUUUGCGCUGGGGCUUCGACUACCUCAAGAUGGACGGGUGCAACCUGCCCAACGACGAGGAGGAGACGUACCACGAGAUGUACAGCCGCUGGGCCUCGCUGCUGUCCUAUCCCAAAGAAGUCGCCAUGGUCUUCUCCAACUCGGCGCCCGCCUACUUCUCCAACCAGAAGAACCUAACCGACUGGUACCGCGCCAUAGGAUGGGCUUCCGACUACGGCCAGCUUGCCCGCCACUCGGCCGACAUUGUGACGUAUCCCAACGGCAACGGCUGGAAGAGCAUCAUGUUCAACUACGGCCAGAACCUGCGCCUCGCCCGCUUCCAGCGGCCCGGCUUCUUCAACGACCCGGACUUCCUCAUCCCGGACCACCCCUCGCUGACCAUGCAGGAGAAGAAGUCGCAGUUCGCCCUGUGGUGCAGCAUGUCCUCGCCGCUCCUCAUCAGCGCCGACAUCCCCAGCCUGCCCAAGGAAACCAUCGACUUCCUCACCAACCCGGGCCUCAUCGCCGUCGACCAGGACAAGCUCGCCCAGCAGGCCACCCUCGUCAGCCGCAACGCCACCUGGGACGUCCUCACCAGGACCCUCGCCAACGGCGACCGCCUCCUGACCGUCCUGAACCGCGGCGACUCCGCCGCCAGCGUCCACAUCCCCUUGGAGCGCGCCGGCAUCGACUUCGGGGCCAUCGGCGACGGCAACGUUACUGUUCAGGAUCUGUGGACGGGCCGGGUCACCUACCUCCUCCCCGGCGAAGCCCCCUUGACCAUCGAGAACAUUCCGGCCCACGGCACCGCCGUCUACCGCCUCCAGAGCAUCAGCCCCAUCACGCCCACCGGCGCCAUCUUCAACACAAACAGCCUCAAGUGCCUGACCGACAGCCCGUCCGGCAACGUCACCUGGGAUGCCUGCCAGGGCACCGACGCCCAGGUUUGGGCCGUCCACAAGGAAGACGGCCGCGUCAGCAGCCUGCUGCGCCCUAAAGAUUGCAUCGUCCCCGUCGACGGCGUGGUCAAGACCACCAGCGGCUGCGUUAGACACCACACCAACCCCUGGACGUACAAGUCUUCCGGCAACCUGGUCGACAACAAAUCCGGCAACUGUCUGACCGAGAAUAUUGACGGCACUGCCAUUGCCGAGGGCUGCGGGUACCUUCUCAAUCAGCAGGUUCUUGCUCUCCCCGCCGGAGUCCCGGUUAUCAUGUUCUAG